AUGGCCACGGAAACAUACGGACACCGUCUACUUUACUCCGAGAAGGAUAUGUUCGGCUCUGACGUCAUGUUGGAAUACUCCACCGAAGACUGCUACCUCUCUUGGCCUCGUUCACCUGACUCCGGCCGAUCGAGCCUCGAACCCACACCUUCCAUCGACGGCAGCAUCAACCAAGACCACAUCGCUUACAGAGGAUUGUCGCGCGACGUUCUAGAAGACAGUGCUGAGGAUACUGAAGCUCUAGAAGGCUCUGGAAAGAGAAGGGGAAGAGCGACCAGUGCGGCUGUUUUGAGAAGACGACGUUUGGCUGCUAACGCUCGCGAAAGAAGAAGGAUGCAGAACUUGAAUAAAGCAUUCGACCGCCUUCGAGGACACCUUCCAUCACUAGGAGCAGAUCGUCAAUUGUCGAAAUACGAGACGCUUCAAAUGGCCCAAACCUACAUCGCAGCGCUAUACGAGCUCCUACAGUAA